CGAACAUGUACUUUCCUGUUUACUUCCGGGUUGGAUUGAACCUCUUCAGCCUCCGUAAUUGAGUCAAAAGUGCCGGUCAAAAUGGAAGUGAAUCCCCCCAAACAGGAGCACCUGCUGGCCCUGAAAGGUCCUGUUUCCCUCUGAUUUGGAAAGAGAGACAGUCUUGUAAUUAUAAAUUACAUUCUAGCUCUGAGGAACUCAGCUAAGAAAUUUUCUCUCCAUGUAAGAGUAACUGGAUUACUGCACAAUGACAACAGAAGUAAUAUUACAUUAUCGACCAUAUGAGAGUGAUCCCACAAAACUGCUAAAAAUUGCAGAGAAAGCAAUUCAAGACUUUCCUACACGUCCACUAUCAAGAUUUAUUCCUUGGUUUCCACAUGAUGGGUCCAAACUUCCACUCAAACCUAAAAGAUCAGCACCUAUGAUUUCUGAAGAGGCAGCUGAAGAUGUGAAACAGCACUUAACUAUUUCAGAACAUGAUGUUAAAUUACAGAGUUACGAUUGCACAGUAGAUCUACUGGAGUUUCAACCUAAUUUGAAAGAAAAGAAGCAUUUAAUCCGAUCACACACACUGAAUGAACAGACUAAUUCUAGAAAUCUGGAUAAACAAUCAGAAAAAGGAAACCGGCAAAAGAAGAGGUCUUGGAGUGUUUCACUUCCCAGCAGUAAUUGUACUGAAAAUAUUUUUCCUUUGUCUGAAAAAUUGCAACAUAGUUUAAAGGCACUAAAUAUACAUUCCUUUUAUAGAGCAAGAUGGACAAUAGAACACACUAUUUGUAACAACCAAACUCUGGAAGACAUUUGGGCAAAACUCAAUCAAAUUAUCAGACACAAUGAACUUCCAUCUUGUAACGCUACAAUUCAAAGACAUUUAGGCCAAAUAUGGGUGUUCUGUGAUAUUAUGUACUGUGAAUAUGUGGGAAAUCUCCUUAAAGGAAGAUUGGCUCUUACUGGGAAAAUGAAUUUAUUUGUGCAUAAAUAUGGUGUUAUUUUAAGUAUGUAAUGAAUUCCACUGAUUGUCAAAAAGAAGAAUAUUCUGAAUGAACAGUAUGAACUGAAACAGUGAAAUGAAUAAAUUUUUAAAAUUUUUAAUGACUU